AUGGGUCUCGCUGGCGGGCCAUCGUCCAAGAUGCUGCAUCUUAACCUGCUACCGGCCGAAAUCCUUCAUCACAUCUUGUCCGGGGUUGAGCCGCGCGACCUCGGCCGCCUGCCCCGCACAUGCCGCUUUUUACACGACUAUGUGAAGGGAAAUCAGAAGUUAUGCAAGGACGUCUAUCUGACCAACUUGGAUACGCCGGCGAAUGCGGAUCUAGAUUGGGAGAAGGAGCUGCACGACUACGUGAGACUCAACUUGCUAUGCGCCAACGACAAGGUGAAUGAGAAGGCUCAUGAACUACCGUUUGUGUACAGCACUGUGAACAGGCUUCUCAAGAACGCAUCUCCAACAGGCGAGACGCAGAAUGAGUCCGGAACCCAUGCAUCGUCCCGCAAUGCCGCUAUCCUGGCCCGACUCUUCCGCGAAGAGCCAGCUCGCUUGGCCUUUCUCUGUCGCUCCUUCAUUUUCGAGCGGGCCCGCAGCGAGCGUCCUCUCCGCUUCCCUGACAUGCCCAAAGAGGAGCACCAGCAGAGCGCAAAGCUUCACUGUCUGUACGGACGUCCUAUUCUCAACUGCGGGCGCACGCGGUCAUCGAGGGUUUAUCCUUACGCGUGCUCUAAGGUGUAUGACCUGCGACAGUACACACCGCGGACGAGAUGGGGACCGUUCAUGGACGACGGCUCGGAUCGAGUGGAUUGGGAGAAGGUUGAGGCCAUUUUGAUUGUACUGGGGAGCAACAUUCGGGCGCAGAAUCUAACGGCCAAAGUUUUCAGUAACUUGUGGGAGAGGCCAUUUGCUGGGUCGUGGGCGAGAAGUUACUUGCCUAAUCCGAACAGGGGGAUCCAGGACUUGGAUAUGAAGGACCCAUACGGUGUUGCUGGGACGUGGCUGAGGGUGGUCUGCUUUGUCGACUACAACGACUUCUUCAGCUACAACUUCCCCCUCGGCGAUCAGAUGCCACGAGAGGUUCCACGCCGGCCCCUCGAUGUGGGCGAAGCAACCCGACUCAUCGUCAUGAAGAUUCACGUUACCGACGUACAGCCUCCCGGCGAGGAGGACGGCAAGGACCUACCCGUGGUAUCCUUUGAAGGCAUUUCGCGUUCAAUCGACGACUCAUGGGACGAAAACGCCAACUCAGACCUCCGAGUGAAAGGCACCGUCCGCCUGACGAAAGAGGGCGAGGUCCGUUGGACCACGUUUUCCAUCUUUAGCGGCCACGCGAGGUGGCGCAGCGAGGGGAUCCAAAUCGGUGGUGUGCGAUCUGCGCGCGGUGUCGUGGGACAUUGGUUUGACACGGACUACGAUCCCCACGGACCCUGCGGCCCCAGCGCGUAUUUCAAGGUGUCUGAUCGGGCGCCGAAUCCGAAAGGCGACGACCAGCAGAUCAGCUUCCACGACUUCAUGCCGAUUAUGGACUUUGAUGCGGACUUGGCCAGCGACGAAGAUGAUGACGAGGACUUCGUGGUCGGAGAGUGGGGCGAGGACGACGAAGACGAUGAGCUUGAGGAAGGCGAUGAGAGGGAGGCUAUGGCGCAGGAUCUUGCGGCGCUGGCCGCCGCUGAUGUUGAAAUUAUCGAUCUCGUGCUGAACGGGCAUCAUGUCAUCUAA